AUGAGAGUUGAGAAAACUAUGGUAAGAGUGUAAAACAUGUAGAUAUAAGUAUAUAUAAUUUGAUUGUUUAAUUAUAAUUUUUUUUUAGGAACCGGUUGAUUGAAGAAUCUAAUUUAGAAUUUGAAAAAAAUGAUAUUGAUGGAGAUGGGUUUGUUACAUGGAGAGAAUAUACUGGUAUAGGAGACACAUAUUGUUCAUCAAAUAAUGAUUUUAACACUGUAAUUAUUUUACAAUACUAACCUAAUGUUAUAAAAACAAAAAAAAAAUAAAUUUCAUUUAUUUUACUUUGUAAAACACCUAAACAGUAAUAAUGCUUUUAAAAUGUAUUUUCUUGCCUGUCAGAAAACUAAAUUUAAAAAAUUGACACUAUAAUUAAAACAAUUUAUUUGAAUAUCAUGUUUUAAAUUUCUCUAUACUAUGAUGAAACCAUAAUGAAAAUAAUAAAAAGAACAGAUCUAAUUUUUAUUAAUGACAUUUUAUUUAUUUCAGGAAUAUUAAAUCUUUAUUUUAUAGUUAUAAAUAAUUGUCCAUUUUAGGAUACUAAAGAAGAAAAAGCAUACUUUAUAGCAUCAGAUAUUGAUAAUGAUGGACAACUAAGUCAAGUAGAAUUCCAGUAUUUUAAUAGACCAGAAAUUUAUCCACACAUGAAACCAACAAUAAUUAACUGCCUUAUGAAUAUAUAUGAUACAAAUGAAGAUGGUCAAAUUACAUCUGAUGAGUUUAUAGCUGGUGGAUGUAAGAGAAAUAAAUCCCACUUUUUACUUACUCUAGAUUUACUUGUUUAAAAUUUCAGUGGUAGGACAAGAUGAAGAAGAAUUUACUGAGAUAGAUACUGACAAAAACCACAUAUUCAACAAAAAUGAAGUGCACAUGGCAUGGGCUUCUUCAAAGGAUGUAGUGUACGUAUUCAAAAAAUAAUAUAAUAAGUUAUACUUAUAAUACUACUUAAAUUAAUAUGUUUUAUAAUAUUAUAAGAAAUCUUAAAAUUUAAAAAUUAUUCACUCAUAAAAAUAUUAAUUAUGAUUACUAUAAAAUGUAUGAAACCAAAUUUACAGCAUGAUAGCAGAGAGUGAUGCUGAACAUUUUAUUUCUAUAUCAGAUAAAAAUAAAGAUGGCCUACUUAGUUUUGAAGAAAUAUUGAACAUAACAUAUACUUCUCAAAAUGGUGAAGAAUACAAUACAUUUAGAGAAGAAUUAUAG